CCAGCUCGACCCGACGACCCGACGUAUUUUCACCGUUAUCUAUAAGAAAGAGAAUGAAUUCUUCCCACUGAAAUUGUAGCAAAUGAGAUGAGUUCUUCCAUUUCCCUCUCCUUCUCAAUCUCUCCUUCUUUCUCACCCCAUCGCCACUCAAACCCCUCUUCAUUUUCUCUCCGCCAUUCCCAUUUCCUUACCCACAAUCCCCUCUGUGGGCUCCAUACCCUCCCUUCCCUCAGAAGAACAAGAAAUACAGCCCCUCAAACUCUCCCAGCACGUGUCGUCAUCUCCGCCGUUCAAUCCAACUUCUUCAAAGUUCUUCAGACAGCUUUGAGAGUUGGGAAGGAUGGCAUCGAGGCGGGGACGAAUCUUGUGCCUGAUGUUGUUCCAAGACCAAUAGCGAGGAUUGGCAUAGCUGUUGUCAUUCUGACGGUUUCCCUAUUUGUACUCAAGUCACUCUUGUCAACAGCAUUUUUUGUUCUGGCAAUGAUGGGGCUCAUAUAUUUUGUAUACAUCACAUUGAACAAGGAUGAAGGCCCCGGAGGGGGUGGAGGCACUGGUGCUGGUGCCACAGAAGAGGAGACCUUGGAAGAAGCAAGAAGGAUAAUGGAAAAGUACAAGUAACUGAAUCGUAAUGGAGACAUUGCAGUGAUAGCAGAUGAGGAAUUCUCUACAGAUGGACACAUGAAGGAAGGUGGUGUAACUAUUGGGGUAGGUACAUACAUGUAUGAGGCCAGCCCGCAAGGUGCUGAAAACACUAGAUGUCAUCCAUGUGCUGGAUGAUACCAGAAAACGGCAUUUGUAUAUCAUCCUCACAUCUUUUUGCUGUGAUUGGACCAUAUCAAUCAAUAUCUUCUCUAUGUGCAGCACACAUAUAACCUUGAGAAAAUGCGGACCAUUCCCAUUAUGUUUUGCUCUUAAUAAUCAUAUACUGUCAUUGUGCUUGUGUUGUUUUUUA